AUGGCUCUCGAUGCGCGCCCAAAAGGCCCUCGCAAGCUUCACAUGUUCUACAACAGCCAAUCCCUCUCAGAUUGUGUGGUCAAAUUCAGCAACCGAAGAGUGUUUGCCCACAAGCUAGUGCUUGUUCAAAACUCCGUCUGGUUCGACAAAGCGCUUCUCGGCGGCUUCAAGGAGGCUGGAGAGUUUGUGAUCAAUCUUGGAGACGAUGAUGAUCCGAACGAUGUCGAAGCUAUGUUGAAAUACUUCUACCAUGGCUCUUACACCACGCCACUCAUCACUGCGCCUGGUCAGGACAAUCUCGGCAAGCACUUGGCAAUGUACCUACUUGCAGACAUGUAUGACGCUCCAGCUUUGCGCAAAGAAGCUUCCACUCUCUUGAUCGCAUGUCUCAAGGUCUUGAUCGAUGGAGAGGGAAGGCCCGGAAGGACCAUCGACUAUUCGGCCAUCUCAUCAAUCAAGCAGAUUCUCGGCCCUGGAGCUGGCGACUUCGCCGACAAAACCUUGCAGGAAGAGGUGUUUCAGCUGGUCAUCGCAAACAUUAACCGCAUGUACAAGAAUCAGCUCUUCCGGCAACUUCUGAGCAGUGGAAAAAUGUUCGAUGAGGACUUUGGAAUGAAGUUUGCUUGCAGGACUGGCGAGAUGCUUGGAAGGUUCUAUGGUUCUAUCCCUGAUCAUCGCUAA